AUGUGUAUCUACCCCAACCCGAGGCCCCCCUACCACCCACAGCCUGGAAAUCCCGACACCGGUGGAAAUAUCUACCCCAGGCCGAAGCCCCCGUAUCACCCGCAGCCUGGAAAUCCCGACACCGGUGGAAAUAUCUACCCAAGGCCGAAGCCGCCGCCUCCUCGCCCGCAGCCUGGGAACAGCGGAGGCUUCCUGAGCGACUCGGACCUCAGCGACGGCGGCCACUACCCGCCCAGGCCGCCCGCAGGAGGCGGCGGUGGAGGAGGCUACCGACCGGGUCACGACAGCUACGGUGGAGGCGGCUACUCCACGCCGGGCAACCAGCAAGGCAACAUGAUAGCGCAGAUUGCAUCUCCCAUCGUCUCCGUGGUGGUGGUGACGCUGAUUGGGGCGGCGGUCAGCUACUAUAACCGGAGGAGAAACUGUCUCAGGACAAACGAACCACGGACUAUCUGAGGUCUUCAAAAUCCACCCACCGCUCUGAGAAAGCCUCCGUUCAGAUGACGACUCUGUCGAUCCUGUGGAAAGUCCCUUUCACUCUUGCCUUCACCCGCGGCCCUGGAGGGUCUUCCCUUCUGUUUGCAAUAGACGCGCUGCCCCCACAAAGAAGGGGGUCCCUGAUUCCUCAGAUACAUCGAUGAGAACAAGGUGGACCGCUGGAUCUUGGGUUGUAAAGAGAUUGCCUGAUCUGUGGGUUCCAUUGGCCUUGCGGCCUAAGAGGUUCUGACUCUGGUCAGUGAACACAGCGGCCAGGAGAAUAGCUGGGGGUCUUGGGUGGGGCUGCCGUGGAGGACUUCCAAAGGAUGGAAGCUGCUGCUUGGGUUUCUAGCAAGCUGGGCAGACAAGCUUAGCUGAUGCUAUAGGUUCCUUGCAAAAGUGAAAGUGUUAGUCACUCAGUGGCAGCCGACUCUUUGCGACCCCCUGGACUGUAAUCCACCAGGCUCCUCUGUCCAUGGGGAUUCUCCAGGCAAGAAUACUGGAGUGGGCUGCCUUUCCCUCCUCCAGAGGAUCUUUCCUGACCCAGGGAGCCAGCCCGGGUCUCCCGCAUCGCAGGCAGAUUGCUUUAUCAUCUGAGCCACCAGGGAAACUAAACCACCUUGAGUUAACGUCAGGAAUCAGGACCCGUUCA